AUGGCUAUAGGUAAUGUGGUAUUUCGGAAGUCGCUUGACAAGUUGUUAGGUGGAACAGUACCGAAAAAGGUAGCUGUUGCGUUGUCGGGUGGUCCAGACUCCAUGCUUUUGACGUGGCUAUUGCUGCAGUGUCAAUUCGAGAUAUAUGCCAUCACCAUCGACCAUAAAUACCGGACCGAAUCUAGUCGAGAAGCUUUGGCAGUGCAUGAACGAGUGAAAAAUUGGAAUUUAAACCAUAUCAUCAAGUCGUUAGACUAUCCAGCUGGGGUGGAUCCUACAAAACUAAACAACUUUGAAGAAGUUGCUAGAGAAAAGAGAUAUGAGGCAAUGGCACAGGUUUGUUACGAGAAGGAGAUUCCAGUGCUAUUUUUGGGCCAUCACAGAGACGACCAGCUAGAGACGUUUAUUCAAAGACUACAGGGAAACUCAUCCAUUUUCGGAUUAGCAGGAACGCACAAGGUAUCGCCGUUGCCCAUUAGCAGAGACUUGAGUCCUGAAUCAACUCUUUUCAACCAAGCCAGUCAAGUCCGGAUCUUACGGCCAUUUUGGGAUUACGAUAAACAAGACAUUCUUGAAACAUGUCAACUCAACAAUAUUGCAUAUGUGACAGAUCCUACAAACAAGGAUGUGAGCUUGACCAGGAGGAAUUAUUUACGGCAUUUGAUAAACGACGUUAUACCUGCAAAAAACAACCAAAGUCGUUCGCCGUAUUUGCUAAUACGUAAAAGCGAGUUGAUUGAUCUGCAUAGAAAGUGUUUAGAGUUUGCAACAAUGCUUGAAAACAAGGCCAUGGCGUUGUCUAACAGCUUGCAGAGGAAUGGCCUAAUUAGAGAGUAUCCUGGGCUAGGAUCGUUGUGGGUGAAACUCCCACGGCAAUGUUUAGACCACACAAAUGGGAUUGUUACGAGUCGAUUUCUCUAUAGGAUUCUACACCCGUAUUCCACAUUGAAACACUAUCACUGGGCGUAUGCAAAACUAGAAAGACAGUUGAUACCAAGAAUUACUAGUUUUCUCGACCAAGGCGAGUCGGGCACAUUUAAAUUGACAAUGAUGAAUUUAGUGUUUGAGGUUACAAACAACACUCUGUCGGAAUAUGUUCCUAUUCACAUAUACAGGUGUCCGAUAACAACAAAGGAUUGGCCUGCCGUUCAGGAAGUGCUAACCAUGGGCGAGUGGAAAUUGUUUGAUAGUAGGUUUUGGUUAAGAGCGACAUCAAACACCUAUCGCGGUCAGCUUUCAGUUAUUCUGUAUAUCCAUAAAAGACACAAGCGCCUCUUACACGGCAACCUUGAUGCGAGCAAGUCUUUUGAUACACUUCCAGCGGUAAAAUCCAGCUGUGGGACGAUUAUAGCCUUUCCAACCGUAGGAGUUACGUCUUCAGACCAUGAUAUAGACUACGAAUGGGUUCUCAAAAAAAAUAGAUUCUCUUACUGCAAAUAG